UCGCCCCCCGCCCGGCCCCGCCCCCCGCCCCGGAGCCCGCUCCCCAGGACGCCGCCGGGGCCAUGGCUGCGGGAUCCGAACUUUAAACACUUCUCGCCGGACCGGAGCGGAGGCGCAAACCCCGGAAAGGCUGGCUCCACCAUGGACUGUAGCUGCGUCUCCGACCUUCUCUUCGCCCCGCCCGCCCUGCCGGCUCUCUGGACCCCCGGGUUUGCCUUCCCAGACUGGGCCUACAAGCCGGAGUCGUCCCCUGGCUCGAGGCAGAUCCAGCUGUGGCACUUUAUCCUGGAGCUGCUGCAGAAGGAGGAAUACCAGGGUGUCAUCGCCUGGCAGGGGGACUACGGGGAAUUCGUCAUCAAGGACCCUGACGAGGUGGCUCGGCUCUGGGGCAUCCGCAAGUGCAAGCCCCACAUGAAUUAUGACAAGCUGAGCCGGGCCCUGCGCUACUACUACAACAAGCGGAUUCUCCACAAGACCAAAGGGAAGAGGUUCACCUACAAGUUCAACUUCAGCAAAGUCGUGCUGGUCAACUACCCGCUGUUGGAUGUGGCAGCAGCCACCACGGGCUCCCCACUCUUGCUGACCCCUGGUCCCUUUGGGGGGACCCCUGGGCCAGAUGCUCCUCCCCUUACCCCUGAGACCUUGCAGACCCUGUUCUCUGCCCCUCGCCUGGGAGAGCCAGGGGCCCGGGCGCCCCUGUUCACCCCUGAGACAGACAAACUGCGUCUGGACAGCCCUUUCCCGUUUCUGGGCUCCGGUGCCACCGGCUAUUCCAAGCCCCCUGGCCUGCUGGGUCCUUAUGGCCGCGCCUUCCCAGAGUACCCCUGGAACUUUAACCCGUACCUCACCGGCCCCUUCCCCAAGCUGCCCCCCUCUCUCUACCCCCCACACUUCUACCCCAACCCUCUGGCCGGUCCCCUGGGCCACCUGCCCUCAGCAGGGGCAGGGGGAGGCCCCACAGCUUCACCCCUGCUGGCUGCGACGGGGGAGGGUCUGGGCCCUGAGCGCCCCUCGGGCCUGGCAGCCGCCCCUCGCCUGGCACUGCCCGGAGCUGGGGGUCCAGAGGCUGCGCUGGGUGGGAAGGAGGACAGCGACUCGGAGCUGGAGAUCACUGAUGUCAGCGGCUGCAGCUCUGACAGCGAGGGCGACGAGGGCCUCCCUGUGCCCCCCAAGGCCAAGGCGAGCAAAGGGGGGAUCGGCAGCUGAACCA